AUGAUUUGGCCUCAACUGGAACUAGUAGCCAAAUACGGUUACGAGGGUGAGUUGCAUAAAGUGACUACUUCCGACGGUUAUAUUUUGGAAAUGCAUCGAAUAAAAGGACGAGCUAAUUCUACCGAUUCGAAUGUACAAAAACUCGUUGUAUUUGUGAUGCACGGCCUUCUAUGCGACUCAUCGGCUUGGGUUAUUUCUGGUCGUGAAAGAAGUUUAGCGUUUGUUCUGGCGGAUGAGGGAUACGAUGUGUGGAUGGGUAACGCGCGUGGCAAUCCGUACGCUCAUACACAUACGAAACAAAGAAUUUCACAAAAGAAAUAUUGGAACUUCAGCUGGCAUGAGAUCGGCACGCGUGAUCUUCCCGCAAUGAUAGAUCAUGUCGUAAAGACCACUGGUCGUGAAAAAAUGUUUUACGUGGGACACAGCCAGGGUACUACCGCUUUCUUCGUUAUGGCAGCAGAACGGCCUGAAUAUCAAAAAAAUAUUGAAGUAAUGUAUGCCAUGGCUCCAAUCGCUUAUUGCGGUAGAAUGAAGAGUCCCAUGAUACAGGCGAUAUCACAGUUCUCUGUUACCAUCGAUUAUUUCUGGAAUUUAAUCGGUUAUAACGAAUUCAAUCCUAAGAACGAUUUCAUAAGCGCAAUUCAACAAAUAGUAUGCUCGGAAAAAGCUAUUACUCAACCAAUAUGCUCGAAUGCUAUGUUUCUGGUGACUGGAUUUAACGCUGAGCAAUUUAAUCCGAGUCUUUUACCAGUAAUUUUAGGACAUGUUCCUGCAAGUACAGCCACGAAGCAAAUUAUUCAUUACGCACAACUCAUCAAAUCUGGAAUGUUAUUUUUAUCGGGAAAAUUUAAACAAUACGAUCAUGGAAUAUUGAGCAAUAAAGGCAUGUACGAUACGCUUAAUCCACCGAAUUACGAUUUAAGCAAAAUCAAAGUGCCAGUUCAUUUACAUUAUAGUAAAAACGAUUGGUUAGCGAAUGUCAAGGAUGUGGAAAAAUUGUACAGUGAGCUGGGCAAUCCCUUCGGUAAAACUCUAGUAGCAAAUGAAAAGUUUAAUCAUAUCGACUACAUGUGGGCUAAGGAUGUGAGGAAGCUUGUGUACAAUGAAAUAAUAAUUUCAAUGAAGAACUUUUCGAAGACGAAACUCUCUCUCUAUAUAUAUAUACGCUCACAUUCGGAAAGAAAAUCGCGCAUAAUACAGUUCGAGUUGAUCAGUUUACACACAAUAAUGUUGCUAAUUCCUCUAAUUUCAAUCCUGGCAUCUGCCAGCGCGAUGCCAUAUUCCUUAACGGAUGUGUCACUGGAUAUCACGUCGAUAGAUUUAAUACCGGCGAUUAAAGAGUUCGAGAAUCCAUACUUUUUUGAAUUCACACAAGCGGAACCAUCCACCACCUUAGAACUAGUGCGUAACCACGGUUAUAAUGGAGAACUACAUGAAGUAAUCACUUCUGAUGGUUACAUCUUGGAAAUACAUCGGAUAACAGGACGAGCUAAUGCUAUCGAUUCGAAUGUACAAAAACCCGUGGCAUUUAUAAUGCAUGGUCUCCUUUGCAGUUCAGCAAGUUGGGUUCUAUCAGGACCGGAAAAAGGUUUAGCUUUUAUUCUGGCGGAUGCGGGAUAUGAUGUUUGGCUCGGCAAUGUACGUGGCAAUACAUAUUCACGCAAACACAUGCUCAAAGAUCUCCCAGAAGAACUUUACUGGAGCUUCAGCUGGCACGAAAUAGGCAUGUACGACCUUCCCGCAAUGAUUGACUACAUUAUAAAUACUACUGGUCGUGAAAAAAUAUUUUACCUGGGUCAUAGUCAGGGUACCACCACAUUCUUCGUCAUGGCUUCGGAACGGCCAGAAUAUCAAGAUAAGAUCCAAGCGAUGUUUGCGAUGGCGCCGGUUGCUUAUUGCGGCAGGAUAUUUAGUCCCAUUUUUCAAUUCCUAGCCAAAUUUGCUGGCCCACUCGAUGUAUUGUUCAAAUUACUUGGUCAAUAUAAGUUCACACCUACUCCCGAAAUAUUAAAAAAAUUUCAAAGAUUAGUAUGCGCAGAAGACGCUAUCACGCAACCUCUAUGUUCAAACGUGCUCUUUUUAAUCGCUGGGUUCGACCAAGAACAAAUGAACACCACUCUUUUACCAAUAAUUCUGGAACAUACUCCGGCUGGAGCAUCAGUGAAGCAAGUGAUACAUUAUGCGCAACUCGUAAACUCUGGUUUCCUCAUUACAGCGGGAAAAUUUAGACAGUAUGAUUAUACAUUGAUCGUCAAUUUGAGAAAAUACGGCACAAUUAAUCCUCCUAAUUAUGAUUUAGGAAAAAUCAAAGUGCCAGUUUCGUUGCAUUACAGUACCAACGAUUGGUUAGCAAACGUCAAGGAUGUUGAUAAAUUGUAUGAGGAACUUGGCAACCCAAUUGGAAAAUUGCGAGUACCAUUUGAAAAAUUUAAUCAUUUGGAUUUUAUGUGGGCUAAGGAUGUAAAGGAAUUGUUGUAUGACAAAAUUUUAAGUCUGAUGACACAAUUUCAAUGAUCACGCAUUGAAUUUGUCAUGUCAUGAAUUUUUAAUGAAUUUUUAAAAUUUGUAGAGAUUAGUCUGUACAAUUUUGCAAAAAAUGUUAUCGGUAGAAUCUUUAAAUAAUUUAUCUUAGAAUUAAUGUUAGUAUUUCAAUUUAAAUUAUUUUUCUAUCAGAAAGAACUUUUUUCAAAUCGCAAAUUUUUUUACUCGAAAAGCAUUGCAAGAAAUUUGUAGUAAUAUUCAGAAAGAAUACUAAAGUAUUUCAAUUAUUUCUUUCACUUGCAUUUCUGAAAAAGCUUUUUGAUUUUUGACACAACAAUAUAAUUAAAUCUAAAUCUAGAUCAAUCAUUAGCAUAUACAUUAUACAUAUAAGUUGUAUUUCAAUACUCAUCGAAAUGUUAAUUUCUUAUUAAAAUUUUUAAUUAUCAAGAAUAAUGUAAUAAGCUAAAAA